CCACAAGAAGUUAUUUUCCUUUCUCAAACUGCCAUUGUCGCGACGUGUAUCUUUCAGUGAAUGCUCGUAGCUGUAGAGACAAUGGCUCGGAUCGGAGACUUCUAUUUUAUCUUGCUGCUAUCCGUCGCUACGCUUUCUACAGUAUCAGCCAGAAGGAAGAAAUUCCCUCCGAGCGGCUUCCAGCAAGAUCCCGAGAAGCACAAGCACCAACAGUAUGAGAAACUGGAAGCCCAUAAAUCUCGUCACGGACAACGGGGCGCCGCGAUCGUGCCAGCGACAUUUGACUCGCGGCGUGCUUGGCCUAACUGCACCAGUCUAUCGCUUAUCCGCGAUCAAGGUCACUGUGGAAACUGUUGGGCCGUCUCAGCCGCCAGCGUGAUUUCCGACAGAUUGUGCAUCGCGUCCGGCCAAACUGACCAAACGAUCAUUUCAGCCAGUCAGGUGGCGGGAUGUACGGAUACCUCGCGAACACCACAACAGAGAUGUGAAGCGGGAGGAGAUCCAGCCAACGCGUACGCGUUUGUUGCAUCGCGCGGGGUGUGUUCCGGCGGGAUGUACAACAGCAGCAGCGGAUGUAUACCGUAUUCCGUAUCACCCAAUGAAUCGGUGCCGCAGCAGUGCGAAACGCGCUGCACGAAUCUGAAUUUCGGGAAGACGAUUGACCAAGACCAGUUCACAAUCGACUCUUAUUGGACUAAUUACGCCCGCGGCAUAUUGAAUCAAUCCGGCAUUCUUGACCACAUGCGUAACAUGCAGGACGACAUUCUCCACAAUGGACCAAUCACAGCGGCCAUUUAUGUCUACGAAGAUUUUCAAACUUGGAAUGCUUCCAGAGGUCCGUAUUGUCUGCCGCCCGCAAACGCUACUCUACUUGGUGCACAUGCGGUGCGAAUCAUCGGAUGGGACCGAACAUUGCAAGGCGUAACAUACUGGCUGAUUUCCAACUCCUGGGGUGAAGAUGUGGGUGAUCAUGGAAUUUACUGGAUCGAAGCGGGAAAGAAUUGUUUAGGCAUCGAAAACUUCAUUUCGGCACCCAUCGCCAGACUACCCAGUUUGUGUACUACAAACAGUUUUUGCGACCGCGCUAUUAAUCAAGCCGUUCGGGUGUGGCAGAAAGAUCCAGCGUCCCCGGUUUUCCUCUUUCAAGAUAACUGUGUCCUCGCGGUUAACCUUAACGCAACCGAUGGCACAAUGUGGCCAAUUGGCAACGCUGAGCCAAUAGCCAAGGCGAUUAUCGGAGCGCCACCGGGUCCCAUUAACAAAUGGAUGUCGUAUAACAACCAAGUGAUUCUUAUAUCGUCCACCAAUGAUGCCGCCCUAGACUGGAAAACCAUUGAUUGGCCAAAAUCUCGCAAGACAACAUCGGUUGGCGGUGUUGCCGGUACCGGGAUCAUCGCGCAAACCUAUGCCGGCUCCAAUCUGUACACUUACUAUUCCGAUGCUCUGAAGCAUAUCUACCUGACGAAACAGAACGGAAAUUUCACCAUGGAAAUCGACAAUCGCAUUGACUAUCUACUGACCAGUGUCUUCCGUCAAGUGUACUCUUUCUUGGAUCUUAGCGGCAAACAGCUAAUGGUCUUCGGGACACCGGUAAACACAACAUCACCCGAGACGUUUGUCGGGACACUGGCUUAUCCCAACGCGAAUUUCACGACUUUCACCUGGAUGACUCCCAUAACACCGCUGAGGAAUUAUUUAAAAUGCAGUUAAUAACGCCAGUUUCUCAGAACACAAUUAUAAUCUGCAUUUUGAUUGCGUGUGCUUCUAUAGCUAGCCGUUAGCUUUACUGGAACUUCUUUUUAGCUAUUUUAAGCUAACCAUAGCGCAAUGUCCUUGCGCGGAAAUGUAUCACAUCCAAAAGGUCACCAAUUGGAAAAUUAUUGUACGGCGCUGUAUUUCCUUUGAUUGUAAUCAGAAACGGUAUCACCAGAUUA